UUAAGUUGCACAGUGUACGCAGAUAAAGAAAUAUUUGGUCGGUUAUCUUUUGUGAACCGGUUGAUAUAUUUAAUAGUGUGUAUGAGAUCAUCGUGAGGCAUUGAGCCCAUUAUCAUAAUGCACGGAAGGAAUCUUUAAGAUAACAAUAUAAAAUAAGCAUUGAUUCUGAUUCACAUUGUAAAAGGAUUGAAAUUAAAGGAAACUACAUGAUUGUGAUUUCAUUUUAAGAUAUGUAAGGAAAAGUGCGUUACGUGUCGAACAGUUUCACCUUACGUAACACGAAAAGGCCACGUAACAUUCUGUGAUGCGGCUGGCGGUGCUAGGUGCCUCGGGUCGCACGGGGAAAAUUGUUGUGAGGGAGGCGAUAGCCAGAGGUCACGAGGUCACUGCGGUGGUCAGAAAUCUGAAAAAACUAACUGACAAACACGACAACCUCCAGGUUGUAACAGCGGACAUUUUCGACCCCGACUCGCUAGUUUCCUACUUCGAAGGUCGGGAUGCAGUCCUAUCCUGUCUCGGUUGUGGACCUAGCGUCUUUAGCAUGCGGAAAAUCACAUUCUUCACCGACUCGAUCCAGCCGAUCGUCGAGGCAAUAAGAAAAGUCAAGGUCACCCGUCUCGUCUUUAUGUCGUCAUGGUACACAAAGCACAAUUCAGCUGACCCUUUCAUCGUCAACUGGGUCUUGAAGCCCCUACUUCUCGGACAGACACUACGCAACAGUGGAGAAAUGGAGGACUUCCUCGAGACGGAAUGCCCGGAUGUCCGCUAUACGUCAGUCCGUUCGCCCGAGCUCAGCGACAGCGAAUCUACUGGUAAACCGGUGUUGUUCAUGGAAGGACAGAGCAUCCAGUCUGCAGAGAGGAAGCGGUUUGUCGUUUGCCGGAAAGACGUCGCUAAGUUCAUGAUUGACAUAACAGAGAAGGACGAACACAUCCGAAAAUGUAUGGCUAUUGCUUCCGGAUGACGUCAGAUCACAUAAAUACCAAUGACUCAGAUUGUUUUAUCAAAAUAUUCCAUAAUUAGAAAAGCAAGGAAUUAAAAAAUAUAUAUAUAUUCUGUGUACCAUGAGGUAUCAUGCAAUAAAUAUUAUUAAAUUAUGACAAUUA